UUACAAAUCUAGUAUUAAAAUAUGAUGUAUGAAAUUUUAGUGAUCUUUUAUAAUCUUUAUGGUUCAAAUUUGAAUAGGAGUAUUCUUAAGUUUUUUGUUUUAGAUUUAUAUUUGUUUUAUAUUUAAUUCUAGUUGCAAAUUAUGAAAAAUAACUAUAUCAAAAAAGUCAAUUGCGGCAUUCAAAAUUCAAGUUUAAUAAUAAGCGACAAUCUUCAAGUGCAUGGCAACCGAGUAAUGACAUUUGUUAUUUCCACGGUGUUCCGAAAAAUUCGCGUUUUAUUUAUUAUUUUUUUGAUCGCGGGGACAAAAAUUCUUGCUUCCUACAAUUAUUUCUUACCCAUAAGUAAGAAUGUACUACAUACAUAAAUACUAAUAGGGCACGUGCAUCUCUUUGGGAUUAUAAUUAAAUUAUGGAAGACAAUAGAAGAGAUAAUAAUGAAGUAGAAGCGGUAGGAAUAGAAAACGAUGAGAUCGCAGAUCAACAAGAGAGCGGUUCUGAUAAUCAGUAUCAACUGAUACAAAGACCCCCAGCCAGCCGUAAACGCACGCGAGACGGCGCUGGAUCGCGUUCCACUUCCAGGCAACGCGAGAGAAGACUAUCCCGUUCGAAAUCAAGAUCAAGAUCAAGAUCAAGGUCAAGAUCAAGAUCGAAGUCAAGGUCAAGCAAGUUUUCACAGAGGAAGCAAUGGAGGAGCGCAAACGCCUUUCUGAAUUUUAUGCAAGACUUCAGACAAAAUUAUAAUAAGAUGAAAAGCAGAGAUCUAUUUCGGCUUGGGGGACAAGCGUGGCGACGAAUGUCGCCCAUGGAGAAGUUGCCCUAUGUGGAAGCAGCCAAGUUAGCGCAACAACAAACGCAACAGAAUAAUAAAAGCGCACAACCGAGCAAAGUUAAUAGCAGCGACUCCUCGAAGAAGUCCGUGCAAAGGGAUCAGAAAAAGAAAGAAAAAGAACGAGAGGUUUAUUCGUUAAAUAAAAUCUUUUAUCAUUCUCGGAAUAAAAUUAAUCCUAUAGUGUGUUUUUAUUCGUGUAUUUCUUCGAAUAGCAUCAUUAAAUUUCUACCUAUUCAAUCGGUUACAUACUGACGUCUCGUAAAGAAAAGAAAGAAAAAAAAA